CAGUUCAAUGUCCACGUUUUUAUGGACAUAGAGGCGCUUCAAAAUAAAAUUACAACUAAAUCGCGGGCAUGUCCGCUCUCGGCUUCUCUCUGUUCUAAGCCUUGUGGCUUAAAACUUUAUACACGUGCUGUAAACAUAAAAGAGAUUUUUGAUUGAUUGCCUAAAUCUCUAUUAUGUACAAUCACAAAAAAAAUUAUUUUAAACAGAGAAUCUAAAACAUAUCAAGGAAUAUUACUAGUAAAAUACUACUAAUGAAAAUCUUAUUUGACAAAGCAAUUGAAUAAAUCAAUUAUUAUAUUGUGUUUAUACUAUGCUUAUAAAUACCUCGAUAUAAAUAUUAUUAACCCUGUAUGUAAAUAUUGGGGCAUGUGAAAAUAUCGCAUGUGUGAAAUCCAUGAUGCUAAAUCCGUGAUCACGGUGUCAUCAGUUUUAAAAAAUGAAAAAGCUGCAUUCCUCAAAUAGGUUAGUCGACAUAUCCGAGCCGAUAUUGGCAGAGGACAGUACAUCUUCUGUGAUAGCAUUAUCAUUGAGUACAAUAUUGGAACAAUUAGAUAAAGAUGCCACACAUCAUGAUUAUCUUGUUGCCUUGCUACUCGUUUUCUUGGCAGAAUCCGGAUUUCGUAUAGCAUUUGUUUCCAACACUUCAGAAUGGAAUCAAAAUACAAGAUUAGUUUGUAUACCUACAAAUUGGAAAUCGCAAGAAACAGGUGUAUAUGAAAUACGUUUAAUACUGCAUAACAUAGAAAAUUUUCCAUUAAAAUUGAUUGUGUUACCUUAUGGCGAUAAAUUGCUAUUAAAUAUGAUUCCUUACGUAGAAGGAAAAACAGUUUAUAGUAUGAUUAUACAAACGUUGAAUUAUGUAAAUCCAUAUACAAAUAAUUUGUGUUUUCGAUAUAUGAAUCUCAAAAAAAUAUCACACAGGUAUGAAGAGAUGAUUUUUAUUUUUUUUUUUUUAAAAUGA